GGACAGGCAGGAGGUACGGCCAAAGAUCCUUGAUUUUAACAAACAACCCUCUUUAUUGAGCUGUUUAUUGUAAGUUGUCGUAUGUACAUAAGAGCUGAGAGGCGAGGAAUGAUUUUACAUUUUUAACGAGGAAUAAGGACAGGAUAAUCAUUUAUUGACAUGGCAGCCAAUGGAGCCAGCUGUGAACAGCCUCAGAAACGUUCAGGAGCUAAAGACAAGCAGAAUGGCAAGUCUACAGACUCGUCAAUAAGAGAGAGGCGGCAGAAAGAUAAGGAGGAGCGCCUUUCUCUAGUCUUAUGGAAGAGACCUGUCACUACAUUACAUUAUUUCCUUCUGGAGACCUUCAUUAAGCUAAAGGAAUGGACGCUUAAGCUUUGGCAACGACGAGGUGCAGUGUUCUUAGUUUUGGUUCUAUGUUCUCUCUUUUCCUUCGCCUACUCCACUGAGGGGGCACACCAACAAUAUGUCAGAUACCUGGAGAAGAAAUUUCUAUGGUGUGCCUACUGGGUAGGCCUUGGGAUAUUGUCCUCCGUUGGCCUCGGGACUGGUUUGCACACCUUCCUUCUGUAUCUGGGGCCUCACAUAGCGUCAGUAACCCUGGCGGCAUACGAGUGUGGCUCCACAGACUUCCCAGAGCCACCAUACCCAGACCAGAUUGUGUGUCCCCAAGGUGGAGGGGCAGACGGAAGCAUCUCCCUCUUCUCCAUCAUGUCAAAGGUUCGCCUGGAGGCUUGUAUGUGGGGUGCGGGCACUGCCAUCGGAGAACUGCCUCCAUAUUUCAUGGCCCGAGCAGCACGCCAGUCCGGCGCUGACCCAGAUGACGAAGACUAUGAAGAGUUUGAGGAGAUGCUGGAGCAAGCAGAGGGUGCUCAGGACUUCGUCACUAGAGCAAAAUUGGGAGUCCAGCAUAUGGUACAGAAAGUGGGAUUCUUUGGGAUCCUGGCUUGUGCCUCAAUCCCUAAUCCCCUUUUUGACCUGGCUGGAAUAACCUGUGGACACUUCCUGGUUCCUUUCUGGACCUUCUUUGGGGCGACCCUGAUUGGGAAAGCCAUCAUUAAGAUGCAUAUACAGAAACUCUUUGUAAUCAUUACCUUCAGCAAGCACAUAGUGGAGCAAAUGGUGUCACUCAUCGGGUCUGUGCCCAGAAUUGGACCAUCACUCCAGAAGCCUUUCAGUCAGUACCUGGAAGCACAGAGGAACAAGCUGCACCAUGCUGGAGGAAGUGCACCAGCGGAUGAGAACUGGCUGUCAUGGGUGUUUGAGAAGGUGGUGCUGGUCAUGGUCUGCUACUUUGUCAUUUCCAUCGUCAACUCCAUGGCUCAGAGCUACGCCAAGCGGCUGCAGCAACAGAGGCACUCGGAGGAGAAAACCAAGUGAUGAGGAGACAGAUGCGGUGCAGACAUCCAACUGACUGUGUUUCUGCUGCUGCUGAGAGCCCUCCACUCAGCUCCAGCCACCCACAACGUAACAACAAACCUCACCCUCAUCCAUUCUCAGAGGCUGAAUGCUCAAAAAACCAGGCACUGUUGUUGGUGUGUGUGCGUUUUUGAGGAUGUGUGUGCUGUUUAUUGUCUGUCCCUCUUCAGGUUUUGUAGUUCUUCCUCUCAUCUCACUCUAGGUGUGUAGUGCGAUUGGUUCUACUGCUGAUCUUAACAUGUUACUUUAACGUUAAAUAAUCCCAUUCAUUGACCUCAGACGUAAAGCAGCGGUUUGGUGGUGACUGCUGUGUAUGGGCAGUGCCCAUCAGAUGCUAUGCCUUAUGCAAGACGGGAAGCUCUGACUUCCGUUGAUUAUAGCUCUUGACUUACAGACUUGAUUUUUAUUUAAUUUUGUAACAUGGAUGUAUGGAUGGUUCUUGAUUUGUUUGUACAGUGUGCUGCCAGGACAACUGCUAUGGAUGGUCUUUCUUUUCAGGGUUUACGUUUCCUCGUGUUUUUUUCUUUUGUCCUGUUAAACAGCAAGACCAAUAUGUCUUUGUUUAUGAAUUUGUCAAUUCAAAAUGGGUGAAAAAAAAGCAAUAUCGACUUAACAGUGUGGUAUUGAUGGUUUGCACAUUGUGUAAAUAUCUUAAUAUCUUUUUGACAGUAUGCGCAGAUGUAUUUCUAUUCAACUAGUCUAUAUGGACAUAAGUCAACUUGAACCAAAACAAAAAAGAAAAUGUGAUAUCAUUUGUAAAGUGACAUUGUACUCUCAGCUAAUUAGUCCCAUUUCUAUUCUGUACAUUUAGGUCGAACCUUGGAUCAGAUCAUAUAUAAAAUGUAAAUCAUGGCACUUC